UUGCCUGAGGGCAGCGGUGUGAUUCAGAUGAUGGAGAAUCUGCUCUUUUCUCUGAAAAGCACUUUUGAUACUUGGCUGAACUCCAGCUCCCCUUUCUGGGUGAUCGAUACCAUCCUUGCCUUUCUAUGUGGACUGGGGCUCUUUCUCCUGAUCCUUCCCUACCUGGAGAAUAACCCAUCCUUUGCUCCCCCUAGGAAACAUGGAAACAUCAGGAAGCAUCGAAAGGAACGAAGGGGAAGAAGCAGGAGCAGCAGGAGAAAUGGCGCUUUGAAAGCUUGCAGAGAUUGCCUGGAAGAACUGGAAGAGGUCUGGGACCUGACUUCACUUCUGCAAAGACACCUGGGGAGGUUCCCUGACAAGGACAGCUUUCAUCAGAUCUCAUGGCAAGAUUCACCUGGUGAGGUUUGCAAAGCAGUGCCUGCUGGAGCCCACCCACCAUGCAGGGAAGAGGCGGCUCCCACCAUUUCCCCAGCUCCUCUGACCAAGCAGCCUCUACCCUGCACUUCUGCCAUUUCUCCAGGGUCAGUUUCCACUUACUCAGAGUCAUACCUGAGUGCCUCUCCAACACCAGAGCCUUUCUUUCCCCUGGACAGCCUUUCCUCCUGGCCACUGGCUGUUUCCCCUUCCCCACCAAGCCCGCCUCAUGGGAGAGCCUGCCCUCCACUUCCAGCACCCUGCUCUACCCCAACACCAUCAGGCUCCAUGCUGAGUCUCACUCAGGGUGACUCCACGACACGCACACUGGGUACCAUCCCACACAGGUCAUCUCCACACUCCCCCUGGAGACCAGCCAUCCCAGGGAUUGUCCAUUCAAGCAGCCCUGGAUCGGCCCUGGCCUGGUGGCAGGAAGCAGCCACAGCCUGGAGCUUCUCCCCCUCAACACACUUAGAGUCCCAGAAAGAAAGCCUUCCCCUCUACCCACCAGAGGCCUCAUUCUGGGAAGAUCCCCGAAACGGGCAGGGAGAGGCUGGUGGCCUCGCUUUUGUCAACCCUAAUGUCCAGGAGCUACUGGAAAUACUAAUCACCAAAAGAGUGGAACUGAAGUCUUGGGAGGAGAAAGAAAAGGACAAGGAGGCAGGCUACCACCUGAAUUCUUUGGGGAAGAGGAUCGAGUCGCUGGGUCACAAACAGGACACCUUGGGUCACCAAGACUUCGGGAACAUAACUGGCAAACAUGAUCAGCUGCUUGGUCCCGAGAAGCCCCAAUAUCCUGAUACUCUGGGGGGCUGUCUACAGAAGACAUGCAGCCAGCUCUUCUGGGGUCUCCCCUUUCUGCACAGUGAGUCUCUCAUAGCUGCUGUCACAGUACCUGGGUCAGCUCUAGAGUUAUGCCCUGUCUUAUUUAACGAACGCUCUAAAGCCAAACCAUUGCAUAUUCCAGCUAAAGUAACUUCACAACUGUCAUUGGCCAAGCACUUGACCCAACCUGUGGCCCAGGCUCAACCUCAGUCCUUGACUCCCACCAUGCCCCAGUUGCAGCCAUCACCUCUGGGUCACAUGAAGACCCAGGCCCAACCCCUACCCUUAACUCCAAUCAUGCCCCAAUGUCAACCAUCAUCUGAAGUUUCAUUGGAGACCCAGUCCAGCUCCCAAAUCGUGGCUUCAACCAUGCCUCACUCUCUACCACCAACUCGGGCUCACAUGGAGGCCCAGGCCCGACCCCAACUCUUGGUUCCAACCCUGCCUCACUUUCAGCCACCACCUCAGACUCACAUGGAGACCCAGGCCCGCCCCCCACCAUGGACUCCACUCACGCCCCAAUUUCAACCAUCACCUCGAGCUCACAUGGAGACACAGGUGCGAUCCCAACUCUUGGCUCAAACCAUGUCUCAUUUUCAACUACCACUUCGGGCUCACAUGAAGACCCAGGUUCCGCCCCUAGUCCAGACUCCAUCCAUGUCCCAGUGUCAAUCACCACAACCUCAAGCUCACAUGGAGAUUCAGGACCAAUCCCUACCUUGGACUCCAAACAUGCCCCAGUUUCAACCACUUGUUCAGGCUCAUGUGGAGACCCAGGGCCGAUCCCUACCCUGGACUGCAACCAUGCCUCAAUGUCCACCAUCAUCUGAGAUUUCCAUGGAGGUCCAGGAUCACCAACAACCCUCAGCUCCAACCAUGCCCCAGUUUCAACCACCUCCUCGGGCUUACGUGGAGAUCUAG